AUCUAGGAAAGCCUGGGGUAUUUUCCCUUCACGUGGAGGUUGAAAAUCAAAACGUAAACGAAGCAUCGUUUUCAGUUAUAUUUGGCCAAUCUAAGGCUUGUAGUGCCUUCGCUUGGCUUUACAUUAUGCCCAAAGGAAGGAAGAAAAAGAAGCAAAAACAAGCAGAAGCUGAAGAGGAUGCAUCGGUUCCUCGCACAUUUGUACUCCACCGGGGUAGUGUGGGGAAGUCUAUGCUCCAGUUAGAAAUUGAUCUCAGGCAUUUGAUGGAGCCCUUCACUGCAUCACAUCUCAAAGUGCGUAAGAAUAAUGUUCUCAAGGAUUUUGUUCAUGUUGCUGGGCCGAUGGGCGUGACACACUUCCUAAUCCUGUCAAAAACUGAAAUUGGAACAUAUUUGAGGCUAGCUCGGCUCCCAAGAGGACCAACUUUAACUUUUAAAGUUUCUCAGUAUUCUCUUGCCAAGGAUGUUAUCUCACUGCUAAGGAGACCAAAAACGAUUGGAAGCCAGUUCAAGAGGCCACCCCUACUUGUCUUAAAUGGCUUUACAACAGACACAUUGCCCAUGAAGCUGAUGACAACCAUGUUUCAGAAUAUUUUCCCUUCCAUUAAUAUACACAAGGUUCACUUAGGGGAUAUACAGCGAUGCGUACUGUUGAAUUAUGACUCUGAUACCAAGACUAUAGAGUUGAGGCAUUAUAACAUUCAAGCUGUCCCUAUUGGCAUGAGUCGCGGUGUAAAGAAACUGAUACAGACUAAGAUCCCUAACAUGGCGCGCCUUGAGGACAUCAGCGACUAUGUCUUGGGAGGUGGGUGUGGUUAUGGCUCGGAGAGUGAGGCAGAGGACCCUGAAGAUAGUAAAGUGACUCUUCCACAGAGCGUCCCUGGCAGAGGCAACAUCAAGUCACAGAAGAGUGCCAUUAGACUGACCGAGUUGGGUCCAAGACUUACCCUUCAGCUGGUGAAGAUUGAGGAAGGACUGUGCAGUGGUGAAGUGCUCUACCACGAAUACAUAACAAAAACAGAAGCUGAGAUAAGAGCGCUAAAGGAGAAGCGAGAAAAACAAAGAAAACUGAAGGAAACGAGGAAAAAACAACAGGAGGACAAUGUGAAGAGGAAAGAAAAAGAAAAGGAACUGAACAGAGAGCGAAGUAUAGCAGGGCAGAAGCGCAAAGCGGCACAGAUUGCAGAGGAACAAGAAGAGGUAGAGAAAACAGAGAUCGAUACUGAGGAAGAUGAAAAAGAAGAUGAUAGGUACUGGUACAAGCAGGAGGUUGGAGCUGAGCCCGACCAAGAUCUUUUACUGACCAAUAAGAAGUCGUCUCAGAAAAGCAUUGCCAAACCUGGCAACAAACGGAAGCGAGAACAAGGUAGCGGUGGAGCCCCAAAAAAGCGAAAAGACGAGAAAGCCAACGAAAAGCGUGAAAAGAUUUCAAAAUUCAAGAAGCCGAAAAAAACUGAGAGCAAAAGACCGCGGGGAAAGUCGAUGGCGAAAACUAAAGUCAGGCGGAAAAGGUAACUGAGCUUUAGAGUAGUUUAGGGGUGUCAAAUGGAGCAAAGCGGAUG